AUGUAUCAAACUGAUUCAAGUUCAUUAAACCUCGGCCUAAAUCCUGUUUUAAAAAGUGCAUAUUUUAUAAGCACAAAUAGUCAAGAUGUUCAAAUUCCUCUUGAUGGUAUUUAUCAAGCCUCUUCCAAAAUCUAUAGCCUGAUGAAAAUCAAAAAAUAUUCCACUUCAAAUUGGAAAAAACACGACCUUCACCCGAAAACAACUGAUGAAAAAACAAUCGAUUGGAUAUUCUUAGUCGACUUGCUAAAUUUUAGUUUCUGGUCAGAUUUGGACAAAGCUACCAACACUUCAAAUAACCAAAAAUUUAGUAUAACCUUUAAAAACCAACAUUAUACGGGUUAUUGGGCAUUGUGCGCGGCAAUCAAUC